AUGGCGACAGCUUCUCCCUGUACCCGCUUCGCCCUUCUUCUUCUUCUUCUGUUGCCUGUGUUACAGACCGUAUCACCGGCCACUCCAGAUGACCUUGUAGUAGACACUAGUCAUGGGACAGUCCAAGGGAAGUUGCUUCCAGCGGCAGGUGGUGAUGUUAGAGCAUUUUUGGGAAUUCCUUUUGGAAAACCACCUCUGGGGAAACUGAGAUUCAGAUUUCCAGAGUCAGUGGAGAGAUGGAAAGGUGUGAGGGAUGCCACCAAAUUCCCAAAUACCUGCUACCAGUUGCCAGAUACAGCCUUCCCAGAGUUCGAAGGUGCAGAGAUGUGGAACCCAAACACUCCUGUGAGUGAGGACUGCCUAUACCUGAACGUCUGGUCCCCACGUAUCAACACAACCCAGACUAAGCCCCCCCCACUGGCUCCGGUCCUUGUCUGGAUCUAUGGAGGCGGGUUCACUCAGGGAACAUCCUCUUUGGACAUUUAUGAUGGUCGCUUCUUGAGUAAAUCUGAAGGUGUUGUUGUGGUAUCAAUGAAUUAUAGACUCGGAGCUUUUGGUUUCCUGUCUAUUCCUGACAACAAGAACUUCCAGAGCAAUGUUGGCCUGCUGGAUCAGCGCUUGGCCCUCCACUGGGUAGCCAACAACAUAGCUGCUUUUGGAGGUGAUUCUAAAAAGGUGACUCUGUUUGGGGAGAGUGCUGGGUCAGCAUCUGUGGGCUUCCAUCUGCUCUCCCCAGGCAGCCAUAGUCUUUUUCAAAGGGCUGUGAUGCAGAGUGGCUCUCCUAAUGCACCCUGGGCAACAAUAAGCCAGGAUGAGACCUGGCGCAGGUCCAUGAAGCUGGUGCAGUUACUGGGGUGUCCCACGUCUCCUCCAGCUGAUAUGGAAGCUUGUAUGCAGCAGGCUGAUCCUCUGAAAAUCUCAACGAAGCAAUAUGAUGUUCUCACACAGCCUGCAAUCGUAGACAUACCUUUUGUCCCUCAUGUUGAUGGGGACUUCCUACCAGAUACAGUUGAAGUUCUGCUCAGUACCGGUACCCUGCCAAAGAAAGAGGUGCUAUUUGGUUCAAACAAAGACGAAGGGACAUACUACUUAAUGUAUGGAUUUCCUGGAUUUAACAUCAGCGGUGAGAGUCUCAUCAGCAGGAAUGACUUCCUGAAAGGAGUGGCACAAACAAUACCACAUGCAAGUGAUGUCGCAAGAGAUGCUGCCAUUUUCCAGUACACUGAGUGGAAAGAUGAGAAUAACAGAGUGCAAAAUCGGAACUUGCUGGGUAGUCUGGUUGGAGACCGAAUGUUCGUUUGUCCUCUGCUAGAGUUUGCUCACAGGUACUCACAGCGGGGCGGUAAAGCUUUUCUUUAUUCAUUUGACCAUCGGUCGUCCGUCAAUCCUUGGCCAAAAUGGAUGGGCGUGAUGCACGGCUAUGAGAUAGAAUUUGUCUUCGGAAUGCCUCUGAAUGCAUCCCUGGGAUACACGAAGAAUGAAGUGAACAUGACCAAGAAGUUUAUGAAACACUGGGCCAACUUUGCCCGGACAGGGAAUCCAGGCAUUGAUGGAGCCAACUGGCCCGUGUUCACACCUGAACAGCAGGAGUAUGUCACUCUGAACUACAACCAUCCAGAACAAAAUAGGAUGAUGAGAGCUAAGGAGUGUCACUUCUGGGACACAUUAAUGCCAAAAGUACAGAAAGUCUCAGAUGAUCUGCUCUCUUGUGUUAAAGCAAACGGGAUGAUACACCACUGUAAUUACACCUUCCUCCUCUUUCUAUUGGUUAUAACUUUAACCUAUUGAUAGAGUGAUGAUCUCUACAUCCAUAUAUAACAGUUUACAUUAAAUAGGAUGGUUUGGUCUUUAAUAGUACUUAAAAAUGUGUGAUUACUGAAUACUUUGGUUUAGUUUUGGUUUAGUUAAACAGAUGGAGCAAGCAUCACCUGUUCUGUUGCAGGUACUGGCACUGUACUGUACGAUGCAUACUUAGUGGCUUAUAUUAUGACACAGGAAUGUUAUUUCGGAUUACUAGUUCAUGGUCAGCUGCCAUUAAAAAAAUUAAUUAAAAUUAUAUAAAAUGGUGUUUACAGUAAAUGUAAAUUUUUAGUGCACACAUAAUCUGAGAUCAGUUUCUGAAUAAAUUGCAGUUGACUUCAAACACUCAGAUUUGGAAACUUGAUUUACACAAAUAAUUUUUGAACCUGAAGAAAACAAAUGAUUUCCUUGUUCUGUCCCAAAUGUCAGGGAUGCUGUGGCUUUGUAUUGAUGUGUUGUCUAUCGUAUUGAUCAGUAACGAGCAUGUAAUAACCAUUAAAUAUUUGGA